AUGGUAACAGAGCUGGAAGCAGGGCUUGAGGAAGCAGGGCUGGAAGACGCUGGGCUUGAAGCCGGGCUUGAAGAAGCAGAGCUCCAAGCAGGAGUGGAAGCUGCUGGGCUCGAUACAGGGCUUGAAGAAGCAGAGCUCGAAGCAGGAGUGGAAGCUGCUGAGCUGGACGCAGCGCUUGAAGAAGCGGGGCUUGAUGCCGGGCUCGAGGAAGCAGAGCUGGAUGAUGGGCGUGCAGAUGAACUAGAAGAAGCGGCCGAGGAUGAUGCGGCCGGAGUGGAGCUCGGUGUCGGAGUAACCGUAGUCACACUUACGACGGUAGUAGUAGCGACGGAGGCUGAAGAGGGCGAUGGGAUAGAAGACGGUGAAGCGGACGAGGGCGACACGAUAGGAGCGGAGCUCGAUGGAGUAGCCGUAGUGACGCUUACCACUGUGGUGGUCACGACAGAGGCUGAGCUAGGUGAAGGGAUAGCGGAAGGUGUAGAAGAUGAGCUCAGGACUGGCACAGCAGAUGAGCUUGGCGAUGGAACGGAAGACGCGGCUGAGGACGAGCUCGGCGAUGGGAUAGCCGAAGGCGAAGCAGAUGAGCUUGGCGAGGGAACGGGGGAAGGCGAAGAAAACGAGCUUGGUGACGGGAUGGAGGAAGGUGAAGAGAUGGAGCUCGGCGUUGGCGUGACUGUCGACAUGACGACCGUGGUGGUAGUAGACACUUGUGCCGACGAUGAUGGUACAACCGGGAUGGAGGAUGAUCGGGAAGACGAUGGCACAAUGGGUGCUGGAGACGAGCUAGAGGAACUCGGUGCGAACGCAGUGUUGGUAGCAGUCGAAGUCGUCUGGACAAAGCUUGUAGCCACAGUGCUUGGGGAAGGCUGGUCACCGAACGCAGCAGUGAAGGCACGGGGAGUGGCAGCGAACGGGUUAAGGAACGCAUAG